CGCGCCGCUCGGCCCGCGUGCGCGUGCUUUGGCUGCCGCAUUCGCUCGAUUUCCGGGGCGGAUCAGACGGCCGGGAGCGAAUCCGGGGAUCCCCUUCCGCUCCUGCCCCCACACCACAUCUCUCUCUGCUUCCUCCCCCCACUGAUCGAUCCUCCUCUCGCGGAGAAGAAAGAAAGGAAAGAAUUUUCCUACUCGCCAGUUCAAUCGGCGGCAGCAGAUAGCUCCGGCGGCCGACGCGUGCGUAGUUUCCGCGGUGAUCUCGCCGCCGCGCGCGCAUUGGAGGAUCUGUCUCCUCCUGCUCUCAACAUUCCACCUGAGCGGCGCGGAGAAGAAGAACAAGAUCACCUCGGCCGGCGUCAGGACAGAAGCAGCAGCGGUGAGCGAGCGAAAGGGAUACGGAUACCGCCGCCACUGUCGCCGCGUCGCCGGGAGCAUUGCAGUGAUCGACAAGUUUGCACAGCUGAUGGGCGCCUGCUAACCGGGAAGAGGUAAUCGAGUGGUGGGGCGUAGUGAAAGGAAGAUGCUAGCAUGCAUCGCGUGUUCGACCAAGGACGGCGGAGAGGACGGCGGCCGGGUUGCGGCCACGCCCCACGGCAGAGACGCCAGCAAGUCUCUCACCUCGCAGUUGAAGGACAUGGUGCUCAAGUUCUCUGGCUCCGGCAAGCACUACAAGGCCACCGGGAGCCCAUCAUUCAGAGGCAAUCGCUUCCACCGCUCCAGCCGGCUUGCCGCGUACCCGGGCGUCGUCGACGACUCGGGCUUCACGUCUGACGGUGCCGGCGAGGCAUACAGCUACAUGAGAACAACGUCGAGCACAGCGGCACGCACCGCCCCAUCAUCGACGUGGGACAUGCCCAAGAUCAACCAUGGUUUCCAGACGCACGCGAGAAACCCGAGUACGAGCUGGAUACCGAGCAUCGGGGAGGCGGACGAGGAGGAGGACGAUGAUGAUGAUGAGACAGUUGUCCUGGAGGAAGACCGCGUGCCGAGGGAGUGGACGGCACAGGUCGAGCCUGGCGUGCACAUCACCUUCGUCUCCAUCCCCGGCGGCGCGGGUAACGACCUCAAGCGCAUUCGGUUCAGCCGGGAGAUGUUCAACAAGUGGGAGGCGCAGCGGUGGUGGGGCGAGAACUAUGACCGCGUCGUGGAGCUGUACAACGUGCAGACGUUCCGGCAGCAGGGCCUCUCGACGCCGUCGUCCUCCGUCGACGACGCCAUGCAGAGCGAGUCGUUCUACUCCCGCGCUGGCUCGACGAGGGAGAGCCCAGUGGUGAUGCUGCCACCAUCAGCGACGGCGAGGACGAUCGGCCGGACGACUUCGUAUAAGGCGGCGUCCACGGCCCGGGCGACGUGCUACCCGUCCACCGCCGUGCCGGACCCGUCCGACCACGUGUGGGCGCACCACUUCAACAUGCUCAACUCCGCCGCGGGCGCGGGUGCGUCGUCCAUGCCGUCGAGCGCCGGCGCCCCGGGCCCGUACGACCCUUCGCGCGCCACCACGUCGUCCCUGGACGAGGCGUCCGUGUCCGUGAGCAACGCGAGCGACCUGGAGGCGACGGAGUGGGUGGAGCAGGACGAGCCGGGCGUCCACAUCACCAUCCGCGAGCUCGGCGACGGCACCCGGGAGCUCCGCCGCGUCCGCUUCAGCCGGGAGAAGUUCGGCGAGGAGCGGGCCAAGGUGUGGUGGGAGCAGAACCGGGACCGGAUACACACGCAGUAUUUGUAGCGAGACACACAGAAGCUAACACGUACGUCAGUCAGGUCCAGGAUGAGUCGUGUACUAGAUUAGAGUGGAGUGAUGGUGUGAUACUUAAGUAGCGGUACUGCAGUUUGUUAAAAGUCUAGUUUCUACAGAGUGAACAGAGAGAGUUAUGCUUUGGUUUCAGACGCGGUAGGCCCAGGUUGCUGCUGCUUGUGUAAAAAUGGCAUCGCCUAAGAUCGGUCUGCAUCUUUGCUGAACAGUAAUAUUCAUUUGUUUAUUUGUAUGUUUUA